UUGAUUACACGUCAUCAUUCGGCGCCGACACACAAAAUUGUGCAGUACAGUAGUAGUGCCUUACGUUUGAUAAAACUUUUCUCUUCGCCGUAACACGAGAACAAUAACCGCAGCCGAAAAAUACCAUGGCCGUGGAGUCAAGAGUCACCCAAGAGGAGAUAAAGAAAGAGCCGGAGAAGCCCAUCGACAGAGAAAAGACAUGUCCUCUCCUGCUGAGGGUGUUCACCACAAACAAUGGGAGACAUCACCGCAUGGACGAGUUCACCCGCGGAAACGUCCCGGCUAGCGAGCUGCAGAUAUACACCUGGAUGGACGCUACUCUGAAGGAACUGACAAGCUUGGUGAAGGAGGUGUUUCCUGAGGCUCGGAAAAAAGGAACACACUUCAGCUUUGCCACCGUCUUUCCCGAGCCCAUGAGACAGAUGUACAGGAUGAAGGAUAUCGGCAACACGGUGUCGGGGAGGAAGGGUCCAGACGACGCCCUCACCCUGCAGUCCCAGAGAUUCCAGAUCGGAGACUACCUGGACAUCGCAAUUACCCCCCCUAACCGAGCCCCCCCGAUGCCAAUGCGUAUGAGACCCUACUGAGUUGAGUGGGCUUUCAUCCCCAUCCUUGUGUUUCUUAGAAAGUGUAUCAGACAGAUGUUUGUGCUCGUUUAAAAGUGAUCUUCGUGCAAUUAACUUGUUUUGUUUUUUAACUGUAAGACUGAAAACAUGGGAAAAUGGUUUCAGCAAAGCAAUGUAAUUUCUACAUUUUGCAUUCAUACUUUUUUUUUUAUAGGUCUUCAAUAAAAUCAAAAGAUAAACACUUAUGUUUAGCAGAUGUCAUUUCUACAUUUUGCUUUCAUGCUUCAUUUUUUGAUAGUCUUAAAUAGAAUGAAGAGAAAUUAUUAUUUCAUAUGAAUUUUUUUCCUGAUGGGUUCCGCUCAAAAACAAACUGUAGUUGCUGAUAACUGCUGGUUAUUGUUCCAAUGUUGUAACUUGAUUUGCUGAGAAGAAAAAAUGGUUAUUACAAAACUAAAAAUAAAGUUUAGGAUUUAUCAGCCUAUUUUAAUCUGACGUUAAAUGUAUGAUAAAAGGGGUUAUCGAAGGAUACAACAUUUUUGUACUGAUCCGCUAACAUGGAAUUUGAUCUGUUCCGGUUUGCUAAAGAACAUCAAGUCAGCUAUGCUGCGUCUGUAGGAAAUUCUCAGCGAAUACAAAGAUAUUUAAUCUCCUGCAAGACGGACCAUAGUUCACGGUAUUCCAAAUAUAGCCUGCCAGCCCUCCAAUACCUGAUAGGAAAUGAAGAUCCAGAAAUCUUGCAGAUAUUGGAAAGACCAAAGCAUGUCGGGUUUGCUGGAGUUUGUAAGUCUGUCCCAUGUUAUCAUAAAUGGGUAUAAUUGAUUUACUCUUGAUUAGCGUAUGCCUUUAAACAGGAUUAGAUGUCAACUCGAUUUCCAAUUCCUUCUCCCAGUUGAUUUGACCUUGUCAGUGGUUGAACAUUUGAGAUUAGAGGCACGGUUUUAGGGUGACAGAUUGAAGCUUGGGUCAUUGUUUGCUCUAGGGAUACUUGAGUGGUUGGGGCAACAAUUUCCACCUGGUUUUAUUGACCUGACAUUUUGCAUGUUUUUAAUGGCUUGAAGCACCUCCUGGUGAGAAAGUAGUGUUUCAAACUGAGCGAAUGGUUUUGGUUUUCAAGCUUUCAAGAAUAUCAUUCACAUGCAAGUUAUCACUAGUAGCUCCUGGCUUAUAAAAUGUUGAGUAAUACAACACGCG